AUGUUUUUGUUCCCGAUUCUAAUCCAAAGUCUCGACGAUUCUUUCAUUUCGAGGCAGAGUGUCAUCGGCAGGAACAAAAUAAGUACCAGGUCCUCCGAAAUCCCCGGGCUGGCCAUGGAGGAAGACAAAGGGAAAUGGAAAGAGAAGGGUAAAUGGAAGAAAUGGGAAAGAAGAAGAAAGGGAGAGGAAACGAUUGCAGGGGAAUUAGUCGCGCCGUUGGUGCUAAGUUGGAUCAGGAGUUAUGAAUUAAUGGAAAAGACUGUAAAGUGGCCGACAAAAAAUCAAGCUAAAAUGUUUUGGCUUUUGACCGGUGGUUUGUUGGAGAUGGAAGCCCUAGUCAAAGAGGACAAACCCAGUGAUGAUAAAAACCCAAAAACCGAAUCGAUGGUGCAUGGUGGUUCGUCGGCUUCUUCCCCACCAUCAUCAAUUGAAGCUUCAAUCGACAGCGAACCCGGGAUAGCCACCUCCAUCGCACACCACCAACACUACACCGACAAAAGUUAG